UUUUUACCAGCAGUCAUCUCUAAUUCUGUCAAAGUGUACUGAUCAAUUCCUCCGGAGCUGUGUCUUGUGUUGCAUCUCUCGGUUAUUUUUGUUUGUAAAUUAAAAAAGACAAAAAAAAAAUUGUUGUACAGUUUCACGUUGGUUGUGUUGUUGUUAUUUUUCGUGUAAUUUAUUUGUUUUGUGUUUUUCUUUUUUAAAUUUUAAAUAUUUUUAUUUAUAGCAUAACAGAAUGUCUGUGCUACGAACAAUAGCACUCUUAACAAUCGGUGUAACAGCUGCAUUAGCUCAAAGAAGACUAGCCCUACCGGAUCCAAGGAGUUGCGCAAAUCGUGUUCGCCAUUCAUCAUACAAAGAUGCACGCGGAGUGGCACAUUCGUAUUUCUUCAGUUGGGAACAUGCACCCACACGUAAUUUAGAAGUUGAUUGGUUAGAUGCUCGUAACAUCUGCCGAAGACAUUGUAUGGACGCUGUUUCAUUGGAAACACCACAGGAAAACGAGUUCAUCAAACAGAGAAUAGCCCGUGGUGGAAACAUUCGAUUCAUUUGGACGUCUGGACGUAAAUGUAAUUUUGCCGGUUGUGAUCGUCCAGACUUGCAACCUCCAAAUGAGAAUGGCUGGUUCUGGUCGGGAUCUGGAUCGAAAAUCGGACCAACAACACAACGUAACACCGGCGACUGGUCACACACUGGAGGAUAUGGUCAAGCCCAACCGGACAAUCGUGAAGCAGCCCAAGGAAACGACGAAUCAUGCUUAUCGAUUUUGAAUAAUUUCUACAAUGACGGUUUGAAAUGGCAUGAUGUGGCCUGCCAUCAUUUGAAACCGUUUGUGUGCGAAGAUUCUGAUGAAUUACUGAAUUUCGUACGCUCUCGCAAUCCGGGAAUUCGUCUAUAAGGCGAGCAUUUUCUUCAUUAUUCCAAUAUCCUGUCUUCCUCUCCUCGCCGUCCAUUGGUAAUAUAUUUAUAUUAUAUAUAAAUUGUACAUGAUCACCA